AGUUCAGAACGCGCAACUUCAUCGUGUGGAUGUGUUUCUUGUGCGCUGGCUUGGGGUUUGUGUUUGAACUGAUCCGAAGCGAGCGUCCAUGGUUCGCGAGUGUCGAACUUUUACGUUGUGUUGCCGGUGCAUUGCAGAUGCAUUGAUGUUUGCAUGGCACGUUUCCGGUACCUCUUCUUUGUCUGCUGUGCCGCUUCUAAGUUUGGGACGUGUUGCUAGUGGAAACAUUCAAUUGUAAUUUUCUGAGAAUUUUUUUUUUUUAAGUGGGAGUUUCAAGAACACUUCUACCUGGAAAAAGUCGUAAGCCUGACAAUUUUUUUCAAAGCUCCGUGUUAAAUUUUUUAAAAGGAAAUCUUCGAAUUGUCGUGAUACGUCGACUUGGAUUUCUUCUCAGCAUCUGCGGCGCUCUGCCCUAAGAGCCCACCCACGUCGGGCUGGUUGAACCUUUGUUCCGUAACGUCUGCGAGGAGCAUGAUACACCCAGGACCAGCUUCAACGCCCUUGCGAGCCCGUGAGCACGAAUCCGGGGCAUGAGCCCCUCUGCCCCAUCCAGCUAUCUGGAUAUACGGAUGGCGACCGAAGGGCUGAUGAUCGAUCCCCCUGUGAACGCCUCCGCCGCCGAAACCCUGCUCCUCAACCUCGGACCCAAGCGAGACCCCCUUACCACCGUCAUUCCCAUGACCUUCAUCUACUCCAUCCUCCUGGUAUCGGGGGUCAUCGGCAACGUCUGCACCUGCAUCGUCAUCGCGCGCAACCGGUACAUGCACACCGCGACCAACUACUACCUCUUCAGCCUCGCCGUGUCCGAUCUCCUGCUGCUGGUGCUCGGUCUGCCCCAGGAGUUGUACCAGCUCUGGGAGCGUCAUCCGUACGUCUUCGGCGAGGCCUUCUGCAUUCUCCGUGGCCUGACCUCGGAGACGUCCACAAACGCGUCCAUCCUCACCAUCACCGCGUUCACCAUCGAGCGCUACGUGGCCAUCUGCCACCCUCUCAGGGCGCACACUAUGUCCAAGCUGUCCAGAGCCGUCAAGUUUGUGGUGGUCAUCUGGGUGCUGAGCGCGCUGUGCGCCAUUCCGUUGGCGGUGCAGUUCGGCAUCGUGCACCAAAGUGUUGACGGUACGACGGUGCUGCCGGAGUCGGCCGAGUGUACGGUCAAGGAACCUCUGGAGCACGCCUUCGAACUGUCCACCUUCGCUUUCUUCCUGCUGCCCAUGAGCGUCAUUCUGGUGCUCUACGUGUGCAUCGCGCUUCAGCUGAAGAGGUCCAACGCCCUCUCGCGACAGGACGUCGAUCAUCGGUGUCCCGUCGUGCACAACGGAAAAAGUGCCACAGCGGCUGAGAAGGAGAUGGUACAGCCCGUGCACAAGUUCCAGAGGGGGUGUCAGCUGCGCAAGUCCACUAAGAGCGGCAGCGGGACUUCGUCUUCCAGGAAGGCAGUCAUCAACAUGCUGAUUGCCGUGGUGGUGGCCUUCUUCAUCUGCUGGGCCCCGUUCCACGCCCAGCGGCUCAUGGCCGUCUACAUCAAGGAUCCGACGCCCGCGCACGAGCUCGCCUUCAGCCUGCUCACGUAUAUAUCGGGCGUAACCUACUACGUGAGCGCCACCAUCAACCCUAUCCUCUACAGCAUCAUGUCGCUCAAGUUCCGCCAGGCCUUCCGAGACACCUUGAUGCGGUGCUGCGGCCGUCGCGCCGCCCGGCACGGUAAGUCGGCUUCGGUCACGUUCCCGUCCGGCUUCCGGUCCACGUUCCGGUCGUCCGUUGCCUUCGAGUCGUCCGACUUCACCUUGCUCACGGACGGGCUGCUGCCGCCACCGUACACGGUCGAAGCGAUCCUGGCUCAGCGGGCCAAGAACGUCGUCAUCUGCAUCGACGAGUGCAGCGAGCCCGCGAGUAGUCGCAAGGCGAGCACCAUUUCCAACAGCAGUCUGCGGAUGGUGGCUGGAGACGCGUUCGAUGAGGCCGAGCACCUCUCCGAUCGGAUGGUCGAGCUGGGUAGUUGUGGCUGACUCUGUGUCCGCUUAAGAUCUUCCGGUUUGAGCUGCGUUGCUAGGUGACCUUUGGAGGUCCGUACGUCCAUGCGGGUGGUUACACCACGUUGCUGAUUGACCUUCGGGUCCAAGAUGGUGGAGGCCAUUGAUGUCCUCUGGAUAUCUUCUGUUCAACAGUGAUCAGAGGGUCUCGUUCAGCUUUGGCGUUUUGGUCCGAAUUGAUGGAGCACAUUCAGACACCUAUCAGUGAUCUAGUCCAGUAGGUUCUAAUGGUUCUUGCUAGGCCGGAUCAAGCCAAUGCAGGUUGCUAGGCUCACGCCGAAAUCAAGGUCAUUGAGGCCGAUGGGUACCUCGGACACUUUUUGUGGCUCGUUGCUGCUAGUCCUGGGCAUUCUUCGCUGAAGCGGUUGCCCUUUGGAAUGUUUCAGGCCGAGUACCCACUGAAACACUGAUGGAGAUUUAGUUGUAAAUGUGUUUGGAAAACUUUAAGACGGCGUCUAUGUUGUCAUUCAGUUUUAGAUGUGGUCACUACAGUCGGUGGGCUGUGAGGUUUCAGAACAGAUGAGAUGCAGUACAUAAGCUGUACUGUCUGCCGGCUUCUUAAGACAUAGGUUGAGCAGACUCACCGACGUUUUUCAAUUAAACUAAGUGAACCUAGUGGAUUCCUUAUUAUUUGGUAUUGGUACAGAUAGCCUUUUAAUGCUACGUUAAAAUUUCAAUUUAUAGCACAGUAAAGUUUUUCUUUCUAGCACGACAAUUUAACAGAUAAAAACCCUUACAAUGUACUUGUGCCUUUCUGUAACUCUUUAAACGCACUAUUUUGAUGAAACAGUAAGGUCAUUUCGCGACUUUUUAUUGCCUGGCUUACGUUUCAUGAAAAACUCCAAACCUUUGACAUGAACAUAUUUUACAUCUUUAUGUUUGAUAACAUAAGGUCAUGACCAUCAAAUUUUAUGAAUUUCCAGUUACUAUAGAAACCAUUGAGUUGUUGCGCACAAAAAACACACACACACAAUAUUAAGAAGGACUGCAGGUGCACCUUAUGUGCAUCAUGCAGUUGUUGUGCUGUUAUAGCGUUAAGCUUCUGCUUACUUGCGGUAUAACUGUAGUCAUAAAGUUUCCAAUAUACGUUGAGCUAGAUGGGUUAUACCGACCAUGCUGAAGAAUCGGCAUUCUCUUUUUCUUCUUUGCUCAUGCUUUUGUCCAACAAGCCUGACGUUAUGGUGUAUAGCCGUCCUGGUGUCCGUGGUUCGUUCUGUCCAGUUUUUGGUUGUAUAUAACAUUUUGAAUAGACUAGUUGGCCUCGUGCUCUAUCCAGAUCUUUCUGUUUUCCCAGUUAUCAUGCUUCUUGUAAAACAUAUAUGAACGUCGAAAUGGUUGCAAUAUUGUGUUGUUGAUUUCAAUUACUGUCUGCGUUUAAGUGUCGUGUUGGAUGUUAGACUUAGGCUCACUGUUCAUUGGUGGCAAUGUGACAAGUAAGUUGUGUCAGCGUAGUGUGUUGUUAAAUGUGCUGUUUUUGAAGUCUAAGUUGCGGGCUUGUAUGCUUGCAAGAGGACAUCACCAAUGUUUGGUGUCGUGUAUAAUUUAUUAGUCUAGUUUAUCUAAACCGUGGUACAAAAUCAUGAGAUUGUGGUGGUUCUAAAUAUUAACCCUCUAAGUUUUGUAUAGAUGAUUAAUUGAUUACACCGAUGUGAGUAAUGGAUGUGGUACUUGGGAUGACAUAUGAUUAUACCCACUUCCUUUUUGUUGAUGAAAUGCAGAAAUGCAAUCUGAUAACUGUAUUCCACCCACAAUAUUUGGAACUAAGCAGGUUUUCAAAAGAAGUGUCCAAGAACGAUUGCACCAUUUUUCUGUGAAAUUCUCCGUAGAAUAUUGUUUUUUGCUGAAUGUAUGCGACUUUUUAAGUAACUUUUUAAGUAACUUUUUUUCUGUGAGCGUGAGUAUAUAUCUUUUUAUUCUGGUGGGUUUUUUUAAGGAUAAAAAGAGUAGUCCAGAGUAAGAAUGGAACUUAUUCAAAAAUACCAUAGUAAUAGACAUUCGCGAAUUUAUCUAUCACUCCUUAUAUAGCGGUGUCUGAAUUAAAAAUAAAUUGAAGAUUUUCCCAGUUUAAAUAGGGCGACUCAGGAUCUCAUGUUGUUGUUUUUUUACUAGGCAAAUAUGUCUAAUCAAUGACUAGGUAAAUUCGAAAAGUAUAUACUCGUUCCAAUUUCGUCAUGCAUAUGCAUGACGAUAUUUUUUAUUAUUUUUCAAACACCGCUUUAUAUAUUCUAAUAUUCUAAUUGGUUUAAACGUAUGUGAAAUCGUAAUAAUAUAGAGUGCCAAUCUUUGAUUUCUGAAAAUCAGUGGGAGUUUUAAGGUUUAACUCUUUAUGAAGUGGUAAAUGUGUUAAACAUCCUGGUCCGGUUCAACGUGCUCAGUCGUUCUGUUAGUAUUUUAGACGAGGCGGCAGUAAUUGAGGAUUGUUUAUGGCAUUGAGUGUCAACGACUAACAACCAUAACGAGGUGUUUGCAGCCAUCGGCUGAUUUUUCAUGCCUCGUAUCUCUGUUAGCUUGAGCCAGCUUCAUGCUUUGAAUUUGCACUGAGUAACGUGCUGGUUGAACCGGAAACUUUUGGUUCUCGAGUGAGAGCGUUAGUCCUUUGAAUUGGCUCUCGAUGUGCAAUACAAGGACAAAGGCAAGUUGAAUGUGCUGCUGGUGACACCUCGAACCAAACAGCCUUCUCCUGCCAAUUUUUCUCAAACGAUAGCCAUGUUAUAAAAAAUAAACGAGCGUGUUCAAACAACUUGGAGCUUAAUAGAUUUGCACAUUUUUACUCAUGUCUCUUACUAAGGUUGUCAAAGCCAAGGUUUUCAAACCUAAUCUUAUGGAAAGGAUUCCAUGUUUUCGGAAGUUAUUUCUUGUGAAUUUCGGAGUGUGUUUUCUUUAGUUUACUUUUCACUCAAAAUUUGGGGUUCACCGAAGUUUAUUUUUGUUAGAGUUCCAAUCCUCCAAAAUUCGGAGUUUAAUUUUACUGUAUUCUUACUUUUUCAAUAUAAGAAUAAAUAAUCUCAGAACAAAAACGUACACUAAGUUCUUUAAAAAAAAAUAAAAAAAAACAACACCGGUAACGAAGAGUAUUUUUGCAGCUGCAUUUGGCGUUGGCGCCCUGCAAUGGGCAGCACUUACUGUACCACGACCAAUGUUGAAGACAAGUGUUACUUCGGUAAACGUUGGUACCUCUAAAUUUCAAAACUCCUGGACGCAUAAAACCUUCAGCUGCCCUCCCCGUUUAUAUUCAAUCUACAGGUUCACAAUUUUUCCACUCUUCUAAAAACACAACUCCUCUUUCCUCUAAGAAGGAAAAAUAGUAUGGUCCAAACUGUAAAGCGGAACAAUAAUUUUGUCGUGCUGCAGAGGUGAAUUGGCGACUGUACUGAACGGGCCUUGACAAGAUAAACGGGAAAUUCCCCUUUUGUCAAUAAUCCAAGGUAAAACAAAAACUGUAUAGGCCUUUUUUUAGGACUACUAGUCCCUUGCUCUAACAAAUCUUAUUCGUAAAAUAGCUCUUUAUUUUUUCAUCGUGACCUCGAAAGUCUUAGUUUUUGGGGUAAAUUCGAAUUGUCGAAGAUGUUACCGGAGAGUAUUUUUCGGAGUUUAUAUCAAAUUUAUCUGAAAACACGAAACCCUAUUCAUAGGCGUUCGGCUUGUUCCCGUUCUCAGCGGCAAUAUGGAAUUAUGAAGAUAUGUUGCCGUCACCACUGCCAGGUGUUUUUUUAAUGGCGUCAUAAACCACUUCUACAGAAGCAAUCAAUUAUGUCAAGUUAGGCCUAGUUUCGACACACUUGUAGACAUGGUAACAAAUGUAGCAGCUGUGCUCUAGAUUUAAUUGUCAGGUAUCUAUAUUACUCACGCAAUAUUAUACUAUAAAAGGAGAUAAUAUAGUGCUUUCCAGUUAUCUUGGCUGCACGGUUGAGAAAUGUGUGCAACGGCUAGAUCGGUCGACGACUAUGCGCAACGCAAGUUCGUCUGCUUGUUGCGCAGGGGUUGCGCGGACGUCAGAACGACGAGCUCUAAUUGGCUGCGAUGAAGGGAUAGUGAGCAGACCUGAAUGCUAGCUGUCUUGAGGUUUACCCACUAUCCUACUUAUAGGCUCCUUGCACUGACGUCACAUCGCAUACUUUUCCCCACCAAGUAAAAGGAGGAGAAGGAAGCUGCUUUUGUAAGAAUUUUGAGCGACAGGUUAAUCUCCUAUAAUCUUCUGGGAGGAGAACAGCGACGUCUGUGCUUAUCCGGGAGGCACAAAGGAAGAUCCUGAAAAAAGAGGAGCUCCUUCUUUCCCUUUUCUCUGGAGGGCAUCGGAAAUGACGUCAUGUGCAAGGAGCCUAUAGGGGCCAAUCAGAAGUUGGCGUUCUGACGUCACCGUAACCCCUGCGCAAGAAGCAGAUGAACUUGCGCUCCGCCUAAGUCACUGACAGCCUAAGAAACGCAGGGUGUGCGGCGGGCCACGAGCAUUUUAUUAUCGCUCCUUGGCCAAUCAGAUUGCGGCAUUAGCCGAUAAGAUUGCCGAAGGACCAAUCAGAAAGCAAGGAAGGGGAACGUCAUAAGCAAAGUAUUGCGUUUCUGAAGAUGUCAGGGACAUUACAGGUAACACUUGUGAUUCUUCCGCUCUCACAUAUAUAGCAGUUUAAGAUCUAUCAAGCAUUUUCAUGUUCUAGAUGCAUAAUGUGAAAACGUAGCUUAUUUCUGAGAUAUUUACCGCUCUAGCAAUGCUUGCGACAAGAUCCCAACUCGAGAGGAUGUAUGCGUCAUUCAUCCAACUAGAGGUACGAAUUGUCCGUAGACAGCGUGUAGAAACCUGUACACUUGUCGAUCAAAAGCUAGGCAGUUGUCAUACACAUGCUGCCAUUUUUUUUUUAAUUUUCAAUUGGGAGAUGCACUUACGCUGUAGAAAAUAUUUUGUGGCUCACUGUGUGUGUAUAUUUUGUGAAAAAAAGAAAUGCAUAGGAUUUUGAUGUCGUACGCAAAGCAUGUCCCACUGCAUGUCAUCUACCACAUCAUAUUGUACCUCUGUAUCUCAUGACUAUUUUUUUAUACCUUCGACCUUCCCUAGGUGUAUGACUGCCAUAAAAACCAAGGUUUUGGCCUAACCAUAAUUGCGAAAAGUUGAAUCUAAGGUGCCAAAUUAAAAGAGGUCCGAUUUGAUUGCCACUGGAUAUUGAAACAAUAUGUUUACUGACGUUUUGCCUUCAUUCACCCCUACUUUGCACAAAGUAUCUUGAGCUAUGGCGUAUUCAGCCGCACCUAGUCACUGCAAACAGUAAUGCAAAAAAAAAACUCUGAACACAGUCUUACUUUUCCUUGAUGCAAAACAAAGACGUGAUUUUCACCACUGUGGGCUGUGGUAAACAGCAGAAGCAUUUGUGGUUGGGCUAGUUGGUGAACGUUAUAAGCAUGGUGCGAGACGUAAAAGACCACGGACGCAAGGAAGUAUACACACACAAAGGUGCCGCUCAGAACUACAUUUGAAGAGUGCAGAAAAAAAAACAUAUCUCGUCACCUUUAUCACAUCCACGCUUGCGAUUACAGCGAUUACAUGAUUUCUUAUCCACUCACUAAAACUUCACAAGAACUCUUAUCUCCCCGUUAUACAGUGCAAUAUGUGUUUCAUAUUUUUUAGAACGCAUAAGUGAAAUACCUAUUGCACUGUAUGAUACGGAGAUAACAUUUCACAGCGGAGCUAUUAAGGGCUAGUUUCCCCUGUAUCGUGUCCGUCAGCAAAGAACAGAUGACACGAAACUCUCGACAGCUACCGUCGUCUAUAAGAAACGGCGGCAACCAGACAACCGGUUUGCCCAUUGUCUGGAUGCCACCGCAGCUCAUAGAUGGCGGUAGUUGUCCAGCCUUUCCAAUCUGGCUUGCCGACUUCCGGCUGGCCAUUACUUCAUUCCCGCCAUAGUACAACUUCGCUAGUCUUCCUUCUUCACUAGAGUGGAAACUCUAAAAGUUUUUUUUUAGAAGUUUUUUUUGUGUGUGAAUGUAUGAUAAAGCAUGUAUCCCCCGGCCAAGCGCAUAGGUGGACGAGACGAAGGUGACGAGAUUUGUAUGUUUCUCUUUUUUGCACCCUUCAAAUAUAGUUGUAAGUGGCACCAGUCUGUGUGUCUUCUCCCUCGUGUCCGUGUUUUUUUUUUUGCGCUUUCGAGCACGCUUCAUAGUGGUGCAAAAAGUAUAAUUAAGAUUAGUAGUCUUAAUUCUGAAGUAUAAAAAUAAAAAAUUGUUAGCUACAUUUUUUUGUCCUUCUUGGACGCUUUCAUUAUAACGCAUUGUGCUCAAAAACAUCUUGCUGACAAAAUAAAAGCGGCCAAGGUUCAUUUAUUUAAAAAGGCUGUCGCACAUGUAUAAAGUGUCAGCAAGACUUAUUAAGCGGUCAUUUGACUGAAGAGGGCUAAAAUACUACACUGAAAAAGGCACUCUCAAAUAAAUUAUAUGUAAACAUUUUACAUUUUAAAAUAAAAUCAAGAGACUUGGACGCAUAAACAUGGCCUUAAUCUUACUGGUGUUUGUGGUGCAACUAUUUGAAAAGAAAGGCAGACAUGCGCCUGGCUGCAGGUUACUACCACCUCUCUGUCCUCCUGUCUUACGCUGCAGAUUUGCUUGCUUGCCACCAGAUGUUUCGUCAUAUGUCGCUUUGGCGUGCCAAUAAACUUCACACUGUAAACCUCUCUUCACUGCCUUCUGUCUUUCUGCCCUGUCUUUAAGUGUUGCAUUUUGCAAAGCACCUGCUUCCACUCGCUUGUCCUUAUGCUCACGUCCUCUGCACAAAAAGCGUCACCCAUCUCGAUAGUUUUCUUUUCUACAAGGCUUUGUAGUGUUGGAGUUAACGGCCAAAAUGUCGUGUUGAACAAGAGUAUUAGCAAGGUUGUUUUUUUGUGCUAAAAGAAAACCUGGCGCAUGCAAUUGAAUAUUCGACGUCUUAUAUUUAUAUAAGCACAUUUCUUUACAUAUUUUUUUGGUUGUCUCAGUAAAGGUUCAUAAUUGCUCCUGCCAUAUAUUUAAGUCUUUGCGUGACGACGUCUACCACAUUAUUUUUGUUCGCAUUUUCUAAAUCUUAAAGUUUUGGUUGAGCGGCAUACACUAAGAUAGAUGCACCUCGGUUCAAAUAUGGCUACAUUACUCGCCUAGCAUCUACAGACAACCUGCAUAACAUAAAAAUAGUGUUAUUGUCGAGUUUACGUAAAAGUUUAAGUCGGUUUAAUACCACUGCCACUGACCAGUUUUGAAUAGACAACGGUAACGUGACACACUGCGAGAAUUAGUUUAUAGCUUCUGUUUGAAAGGUAUACAUUGGGAUAACCUUCCCACCGAUCACAGGUGUGGAUUUACCAUAUCUGAGAACAACCUGCAAUUAACAGUAGGCCCUGCUUUCUUUCUAUUGUGACUCAGGAUGCAAACAGUAAGUGACAUAUCCCGAUCAAUUUUUAAGGUAAAAAAUGUGGUCGAACUUGCAUACUUUUAGUUUGCAUAUUGUGUGCAUCAAGGUAGUAGGCAGAUGUACAAUAACCUUAUGAUUAGUUUGUUCGGCAGGUAUUAUAAGCAGUUUGUGAAGGAAAUCAACCUUACGAGUAGCUCAUUAUAGUGACCAACGAUCAGUUUGCGAUAGAGACCAAGUAUGAUAAAGCCUUCCACUUGAUACCUUUGGUACAAAACGAACAUUUCCUCUUCCUGUCGCUCUGCAUCGCUUCUCCUUCUCAAGCACUCACACUCUAAGCACUCUUCAGCAUUUCCUCAGUGCCUGACCUUCCUCUGCACCGGCUGCUCCCAGCACUUGUGGCUGCAUGCUCUAAGCCGCCAUCUUUCUGGACUGCCCUGCUCACUCUCUUCAGUGCUACGGUAACAUUUUUUUCCAUAACAAUCUUCGUGCACGUCCCGCCCCCUUGACCACGUCGUUUAUGCAAGAAGUGGCCAUCCACUGUAUUUGUACGAAUCUCUUUCUAGUGUCUGGCUUCUUGGGCACAAAACCUACGCGCUAAAGAACCUUUGCUUAAAAAAAAAAAGAAAUAGCAAACCCCGGUCAGAAGAAACACGUUCUAAUAGCCCUCAGAACAAAGUUCUUUAAAAGAACGGCGAAUAAACUACCGAUCUCGGUGUUAUCGGCUUGUACUGGUUCAGUGGUCAUUUAAAAGUUUUCGUUCUGAAAACCUUUAACGUGUUCGUCUGACAGGGUAUACGUGCGAAUCGCUACAAGGAAAGUAUUUGCUUUUUAAUUAUUUAUCUGAAUUUACCCCUAGGUAUUUAGCUCAAGAAGUCGUUGACACGUUACAAUUCACUUUCAAUAACUUGCUGAAUCAGAAUUGAGUGUGAUGAACACUUCAGUCAAGCAGCAGCAGUUGCUUAUAAGCGGGUUACCCCUAACCAAUUCGUCAUCAAGGCAUGACAUGCGAGUUGAAAUUAGAUUGAGGACAAGGAGAAGCUGUUGAAGUUUUAAUAAUUAGUUUCUGUGAAUGUCUCAAUUCUUUGUGCUCCCAAUUUCAAAACAAUGAAGCGUGAAAUUCACUUCCGGUUAAGAAUAUUAUAUUUUAUCUUGUCUAUGGAUGUUUUCUCUUGUCAACUGUGUAAAUCUAUGUGGGAAUAGCUUAAUUGUCAUCACGUUGUUGGCACGUCCAAAUGUUCUACGAGUAUUGCCCAGCAUGAUAGAGCUGACUGCAUUUUGUUGAAACUCAUGCUAUCAACACAUCUGUUUGUUAUAUCUCCGUUUUACCUUCUAAUGUUUUCUAUUUUUUUCAGAAUGGAAUUCAGCAGACUGCUACGUCUCCAAUCAUCACCUUCAUACGACACCAUCUACAGUAUAAAAACGUUUCUUCAGUUCAACCCGUGAAAACAAACGCGUUUGUGAAGUGACUGAGUGACUUUUUGUGGAUCAGGCGCAUCAGAGAGAACAGAGAUUGUUCGCUUCUCUCCAUGCGCCAUCGUCAAAGGUGUGUGGGAGAAAAUAUGUGCAAGGAAAACGACGAAGCUUUUCAACGAGAACAUUCAUGGUGGUUUGCAGCAUCGAGAGGCCUCGAGGGACUGUUUCACCCUGGACAACUAAAUUAUUUUCAUACAUGUGACGUUAAAGAAAGAUGGUUUUCCGUUGUUUUUUCCACAUGCUGUAGUGUGCCUGAUCAUAAAGUUGCCAAACUAAAAGAUUCAAAAUAAAUGCACCAAAAACUUUGUUUCAUUCA